GGGACGUGCAGCUAGGGCACAUUUCUGAACUGCCUUCAGAAACGCUGCGCAGUAGCAGCAGUCCUCGUGCUGAAAAGUUUGGAACCAUUUUAAGUCACCAGUCUAUCAGCUUCCUGCUUUGAACAUAACUUUACCAGGGUCUGAUCUGAGGUGCACUGGAGUAAAUAAAACAUAAUGUUAACAGGCUUUGAGACUUGAACAUUCCAAAUGCAGAAAUGAUUUGGCAACUAACGUCUCAUUGGUCACCCCUGGUUACACCCCUGGUUUUUGGUCUGCUUCUGCAAGCACCAUUCACACAGCCUUCCACCAUCACACAGCCAAACUUUGUCCUGUUGCUGGCUGAUGAUCUUGGCAUAGGGGAUGUAGGUUGCUAUGGGAAUGAUACUAUCAGGACCCCGAACAUUGAUCGCCUGGCAAAGGAAGGAGUGAAGCUGACCCAACACAUCGCUGCAGCUCCACUUUGCACCCCCAGCAGAGCAGCUUUCCUCACUGGCAGAUAUCCCCUCCGAUCAGGGAUGGAUGCUAUAAACGAUUACCGUGUUAUUUUUUGGAAUGCUGGCUCAGGAGGGCUUCCUCCAAAUGAAACCACUUUUGCCAAAAUACUGCAGCACCAAGGCUACAGCACAGGACUGAUAGGGAAGUGGCAUCAAGGUGUUAACUGUGAAUCCCGCAAUGACCAUUGCCAUCAUCCUUUAAAACAUGGAUUUGACUAUUUCUAUGGGAUGCCUUUUACACUAAUAAGUGACUGUCAGCCAACAGAAACACCAGAGAUGGACAGAGCCUUUAGAAGGAAACUCUGGCUUUCCACACAAAUGAUUGGCCUCAUUACACUCACUGCUGUCCUUGGAAGACUGACCGGCUUGAUUUCAGUCCACUGGAAAACACUGACCUGCCUUGCUGGGUUUAGUUUCCUGUUCUUCAUAUCCUGGUUCUCAAGUUAUGGAUUUGUACGGUACUGGAACUGCAUUAUGAUGAGAAACCAUGGGAUUACUGAGCAGCCAAUGGUGACAGACAGAACUACGUCCCUUAUCUUGAGAGAGUCCAUUUCAUUUAUUGAGAGAAAUAAGAACAGACCAUUCCUCCUCUUUCUUUCCUUCUUGCAUUCCCACACUCCUCUCCUCACCACGGAGAAGUUUCUUGGGAGGAGCAGACAUGGUUUAUAUGGAGACAAUGUGGAGGAGAUGGACUGGAUGGUGGGCCAGGUUCUAGAUGCCAUUGACAAGGAAGGCUUGAGACAUACUACACUGGUUUACUUUGCCUCUGAUCAUGGUGGAUGGCUGGAACGACAAGAAGGCAAAAGGCAGCUGGGUGGCUGGAAUGGAAUAUACAAAGGUGGAAAAGCUAUGGGAGGAUGGGAAGGAGGAAUCCGUGUCCCAGGGAUAUUUAGAUGGCCAGGAGUGUUACCUGCAGGCAGAGUUAUUGAUGAACCUACAAGUCUUAUGGACAUUUAUCCUACAAUAGUUCAUUUGGCUGGAGGGACAGUGCCUCAGGACAGGGUGAUUGACGGCCGGGAUCUGCUGCCCCUACUGCGAGGCACAGUGGCACACUCGGAGCACGAGUUCCUGUUCCACUACUGCGGCACUCACUUACACGCUGCGCGCUGGCACCAGAAGGACACUGGAGCUGUUUGGAAGGCUCAUUAUGUGACUCCCAUCUUCAGUCCUCCUGGAGCUGGGGCUUGUUAUGACAGAGGAUUUUGCCCAUGCUUUGGGGAAGGAGUGGCCCAUCAUGAGCCUCCAUUGCUGUUUGAGCUCUCACAAGACCCUUCAGAAGCCAAACCUCUCUCAGCUGACACAGAGCCCCUCUUUGAGACUGUCCUAAGGAAGAUUGGCAGAGCCAUAGAGGAGCACCGCAGGACUCUGACUCCAGUGCCAGAGCAGCUCUCUGUGUCCAACGUGGUGUGGAAGCCGUGGCUGCAGCCGUGCUGUGGGACAUUCCCGCUCUGUUGGUGUGAUAAGGAAGAUGACAGCACACAGAUCUUCUGAGAUGCAUGUCUAAUGACACAUCCUGUGGCACUGUGUACCCUGCUGACAAAGAUAUCAGAUAAUAAUUGAGUUUUUUCUUCUCCAAAGCAAAGCAAAGUGGAUGAAAAUAAAGAAGAAAAGGAAUAUCAAUCAGAAGUUUUCCCCUUCGUUCUUUGCCACUAGCUAAAGGUUUAAGGAAAUCCUAGUUUUGCAGACUUGAGUAUAAGAGAAAACUGUGGAGGUGUGUCCCCAAUAUCUGACUGAUUUAUGCCUUCUCAAGGAACACAGUUGAAAAAUGCUGCAGAGAGCCAAGUGCUGAGCAGGCAGCAGUAAGAAAUAAAAAUAAACCUCUAAAUGUUUGCAGUUGUGUCUCUAUAGCCCACAAAUCACAGUUGUACUCUAUUUAAACAUAGUAAUUGUAGUCAUUGCUGCUUCCUGUACUGCUCUGUUAUCUCUGUUGAGAUGCUGCUCCUCCAAAGGUGGAGGAAAUCUGAUGUAGUGAGGGAUUUUCCUUGAGUUGUGAACUUGUGAUCUGAGCUUUAUCUGGGUAAAAAUAACCUAUGUCACAGAUAAUAUGAGGUAUAAAAUAUUAAUGUGCAGUAUACCUCUGCAACAGUUAUAUAAGUGAGAGAAACAUUCUGCCCAUCAGAAAGAGGUCCUGCCGCAUACUGAUUUGGAAAAACAAUUUUAUUGCAUAUAAGAUGCUAAUAAAAAUGUUUUAAAUUAAUAAUUUGCAGUGCUUUAAUGUCAGUUGUAGAAAAAUAAAGUACAUUUGAGAGUCAUAUUGGAGUAAAAAAAUAUUUGGUAGCAAUAUAUAUAUUUUUGCAAGGUAUAACUUGUAUAAAGGGAUCAUGCCAGUACUAAAAAAACACAUAUACCCAAACCAACAGAAGAAACACCUACAGUGGUGUGACCCUAGGCAGACUUUCUAAGGAGAUAUGGCUUUGCAUAUUUGCAUUUUACAAUGAAAUUACAUAGAUUUUAGGGCUUUGAAUCAUAUUAAUGGCUGUAUUUUUGUAGUAGUAGAUUAAGUCCAAAUUCAUAAUAAGCAUCCUGCUAGAACUCUAGGAA